AUGGGCCUGCUUCAUUUUUUGGAGUCUGGGGCUUUGGCAAGCCACAUCAAGUACGUCACUGCAGACUUGAGAGACCGGCGUGACUUCAUCUGCCAGAAGUUGCGCGAGAUGGACUUCGAGUUUGUGGAACCGCACGGUGGGUACUUCGUCUGGGUCAAGGGCAAAGGCCGAAGAACUGGUCGUUUCGGUGAGUCAAUGACGAUCCACCAG